AUGGACAGAAAUGCUCAGAUGGAAGCAGCCAAGCUUCUUGCCUCAGAGUUCAAGAGAGGUGGCGGAGGUAGUGGUCGGGGCAGAAGCAACGGCCGGGGACGCACGAACAAUUCUAGCAAUGGCAGCAAGCCUGGCGGUAUCGGAAAAGCAGUCACCCAUUCCCGAUAUGAUACUCAUGCAGUUCAGAUGAACCGUUCUGCGCCCGCUUCCUCGCGUCCCAAAUUCACGCAGGCGGAAGUGACUCGAGCCAGAAUCCAGUCUCCCACUACUCGUGUGGACCCAUCUCUCUCGGGUUGGUUGACAGGAUCCAACACUCCUCAGGCCAGCACCGCGAUACCCGCAAAGAAGGCUGCUGUCCACUCUGACUCUCCGAAAGGAAUCGACAAAAACCUUGCCAGCUGGCUCACGAAUACCGAUAAACCACAGCCGUCCGCAUCUACCCCUGUUCCCGCCACUCCCAAGGAGGCUCCCACCAACCGUCCCUCCUCCAGUGUACCUGGCCCCAAGGUUCACAUCUCCGAGACAUUGAAGGACGCCGUUCCCGGGAACGUUCAUGCCGUCUCUCAGACCAAUGCCCUGCCGCUUUCGCUGAAGAAGGAUGAUGGUGCUCCUCUCGAGACGAUCGCCCAUUCGAAGCCUAAUGGCUUGGGAAAGAGCUUGUGGGCCGCUCACGAGACGAACGCUGUCAAGGACCAGGACAGAGAUACCAUGGUGGAAACUGCUGCUAGCACUGAUUUGAGCGCCCUAACUUCUGCUCUUCUUCUGUUCGAUAAGGAUCAGCCAGCCACUCGGCCGCAGUCCGACUAUGAUGAACAUGCUGCUCGUCUUCUUGAGACGGUUGACACCAAGCAGGAUGCUCAAGCCUCCGCCACAAUGACUGAGGGCCCUGGGGUUCAAAAACAGCCAGAGAUCGGUUCUUUCUUCUGGGCUCUGUGGCAGCUCGAAGCCGGUCGAGAGCUUCCUGACCCACUUGCGGUCAACGCUCAAAUGGCAGAAGGUACCAGAGAUGAUAAUGGUGUUGCGCCCAUCACUGAUGCUGAUACCAAAGAUAUCAAAGAUACUACAUCCACGAUGCAGAGACAGGAGACGGAUCACAUGGAGAAUGCAACGGAGCCAUUGAUGAACGAAGCCGUCUGUAACUGCUCGAAGAGAAGCCACCCCGUUAUUGGCUUGGCGGCUUCACGUCACAAUACGGAUGCUGACGGCAACCUUGACGUUUCUGGCCUGGAAACUGCGUCGACUGCGGUGAAGAACAAAUUCGCUGUCAAUGUUAUCCUCUACCGACACUCCAACCAAGACUGCCCCGUGUUGCUCAAGUAUGCUGCGAAAUUCCCCCUCCACUUCGGCGCCAGCCCUGCCCUUGUGGACGACCCCGAUGAUCAUCUCCAGGUCAUCCGAUGGGAGGAUUCGAACAGCUCGUCCGGUCCCUCGAGCAGCUUGCCAGGUCCUUCACACAGCUCGCCCGUUCCUUCGAACACCUUGUCCGGUCCUCCGGCUCAGCAACUGCGCCGCGACAGAGGUCUCAAUGCCUCGAUCUGGGCCGCUUAG